AUGCUGCACACAGUCGUCCGCAAAAACCUUCUCGAGGAGGUCGACAUCAUCGCAGAGAUCGUUAAUGGGCCUUCCACCACCUCUAAGAUGGCAGACCUCCUCACUCCUGCUCUUUCGCCUUCCAUCACAUCCGACACGGUAAUCAACCUUCCCCUAACAAGCUACACCCCUCUCUUCAUCCCCGCGACGGAAAGGCGCUAUGCUGUUACAUCCUCGCGCAGGGUGCCAGGGAUCAACAUCGUUCUCGAGCUUCUCCAGUUCCUCGCAAAGAUACAUAAUUUCGGGUAUCCAGCCGCGCCGCAGGAUCUCGUCGACAUCGAGUCCGCUACGAAUACCGACAUCGCCGUCAAGGGGAGGGAAACUCCAUCAGUCAGAGAUGGCGAGAUGGCAAAAUGGCAGGGAGAGCUACAUCUCGACCUCCGCAGCACCAUUAGACCGGCCGUUUCGGAAACACCCACGACUAUCGCGCACGAUCGUCUGAAAACUCUCCGCAUCUCAUUUUGGUCCAGGACUGACAGCGAGGGUAGCACACACCGCUACGCCGGGCGCAAGCGUGAUACCUUCCUGCGAGCGCCGCGAGUCCCGACUCGACAAACCCGACCGGGAGUUCGAGAUCGGAGACUUAGUAUUAGGAAUCGGGUGAGUUCCCUCCACGGUUACUGGUACCGCACGAUGGCUAACAUCGACACCCUUGGAGACAACGUCCAGACGCCCCGUCACCCCGAUUGAUACAUCUUCCACCUCUUCGUUUUACCUCUCGCCAUUUCCAUAUCACAUUUGAAAGAAAGUUCUAUCUAGUAACGGCGUAGCUAUAUAAGAGGAUUCGACAAUACAUGGUGAUUCUAUUGACACCUGGGGGACGCUGGCUGGGAGGCUUUCGAGUGGCGUAAGGAGCUGGAUGGAUUGUAAGGUUUGACAACUUGAGGAUGGAGCGACGGAAACAGGAGUAUGCAAGAGGGCCACAGGGGUUGACGCCAAUAGGGAUGCGGAAUAGACAGGAGAAUGAGAAACGCGCAACAUGCCCUGAGGCGAAAAGCAGGGCAAUUUACAAGGUGAGAAAGCGAAGGAAGC